CAUCAUAUGUGCUGUUGCUACCUGACUGUAAGCGUCAUAAAAUUGUCACCUGUUAUUGAUCUUGAAUUAUUGAAUUGCAUUCGUUUUUGAAGUACAGAAAUUACUUGAAUGAGAUGCAUGAAACAUUGGCCCAGAUGAACACGAUUCUACCAAUGAACAAAUCGACUAUGUACCAUUCUCCAUGCAGUAGCUCACCUGAAAAAUUAUUCCUGAGGUCAGACUGCUUUGGACUGGGUUCAUUUAUAUCAUCGUAUGAUUUGCAGCCGGAUGUUGGAGAUCUAAUCCAGAUUGAUCGUGUUUUGUAUACCGACUGGGCUUUGUACGUCGGAAAUGGAAAUGUGGUGCAUAUAUCUGGAGUGGAUUUAGACAAUAAUGAAAUACCUUCCGAUACAGCUGUUGUCCGACUGUCCAGCUUAGUUGACGUUGCUGGACUAAGCGGUGUGAGAGUUAAUAACAAAAGCGUUGGUGCUAAAGAAAGAGGACUCGAAGCACUUCCGGUUGAAGAUGUUAUACACAAUUCAUACAGCUAUUUAGAUAAAGAAGUCGAUUUUAAUAUGUUGACGAGGAACAGUGAACAUUAUGUUACGGAGUGGAAGUACGGUCAUGGCUGGAGUGAUCAGGCUGCAGUCACAAUGAGUGUCAUGAAAACUCUCACAGAAGACUUUACUGUUGGUCAUAAUGUCCUAGUUUCCGGUUUACACGCUGUCUUGAAUUCUCCUGGUUCACCAGCUGGUCGAUCAACACCAAGCUUUUCAUCAAGCCCCGAGAGUGAACCAAAGCAUUGAAAAUAUGUGUUUAAAAUUUGUAACUAUUUUGCUCAGCCAAUGUUCAUCCACUAAUUCAUUUCCAUUUUGAUGGUGCCAUUUGAACUGCAUUUAAACAUCAAUGUGAUAAUGUUUUGUGGUCUGAUAAAAUUUUGUGGGGUAAAGGGGGGGUCUUGGCUAUCUGAAUUCUUUCCAGCUGGAAAUGAUUUCUUUGUGAAAUUAAGAGUUACAUUUUAAUUGUUAAAAUAAAUAUAUGUUCAUAGAAGUUUUUAAACAUGGUGAAAGUAAUAAUAAUAAUUCUGUGUAGAAUAGAAGUAGAUCAAAAUAAAAUACAGUAGCCUCAUUUAAUAAUGAAUAUGAAAGAAAAAUAAGCAAAUAACCAUUUUUAAAUAUUAAUUUAUGUAGAAAACAUUUUAAAAGCCUUUUGAGUUUCAUUUAGGUAUUAAAAGUAAACUAUCUUAAUUGAAGAGUAAAGAAUUUUUAGUUUAUUCGUUUUUAAUGUUCAAGAAUAUAGCGUGCCUAAAAUAUCCAAUUGCCAAAUACUAUAUUAGCAUGCAUUUAAUCAUCAGAAAGGAUUAUGGAAAUGAUUAUGGAAAUUUCCAUUAUUAUGGAAAUGAAAUAUAUCACAUUUUUUAAAACUUUUAAUUGGAAAUUGCAAUUCAUUGGUUUCUUUAUAACAUUAGAAGUAAGUGUAAAAUGAACUUAGUGUGAUACAGUAAUUUAUCAACCUAUAUCUGUAGGGUAAGAUUUUUCAGACCUUAAUAAGCCUAAAAGUGUAUGCUUAAAAACUUGAAGCAUUGAUCACAUUUAAGAAUUAGUCAACACAUGUGAUUAACCAUGAGCUUAUUUGUGCAUGACUGUUACAUCUUUUAAAAUAGAAUCCUUUUAUUUGGUACUGCAUGUUCCUAUUUUAUGAUACACUUUUAUUUAAUUCAAAAUGAAUAAAAAAUGGACCAUGGAAUUCAAACAAUUUAGCUCUCAAUAGUAAUAUGAAAAUACUGUAUUAAUAUUGUGCAUAACUUUGUAUUUUUACUAAACUUAAUUUUUACUUUAUUUUUUUUUUUUUUAGUUUAUUAAUUUUGUAUUUCAGGAUUAUCACAAUCUUAUCUUUAUUAACCAUGGCAUGUUUCUGUCUCGCAAGUGCAGGAUUGUUGAUUUGUUGUUAUUAGCCCUGCAGAACUUUUGAAAUGUGAUUCAAAAUUCUGAAUACCAGAUUUAACAUCAAAAUUACGUUUGCAUGUAAUUUCUGCAUCUUACUGUUAAAAGGUGGAAUUUUGAUGUACCUUGAUGUUGACAAUUGGAUUUAAAGUUGCAGUAAAUGUGCUGUGUUUAAUUCUUUUUAACAUAAUAUAGAUUAAUUUUUUUCAUUAUUUUGAAAAUUUUCUGAUAGUUCCAAUAAGUAGUGUGCAGCUUAUAUCUGUAUACUCAUAGUUGAAAAAAUUUGUGAAUAUUUUAGUUUUGUUGGUAGUAAUAUUUUUUUAAUCAAAUUUUUUUUAUUGCUGAUGUUUAAAUGUAAGUGCAUUAAAAAAUGUAUUGAUACUGUAAAAUGUCACAGUACAACAGAAAUACAAAUUUGGUGAAAUAUGGAUGUAUAAUUUGCCACAGAAUUAUCUUUCUGUUGUAUAAUUACUUUUAUUAUUUUUUUUAAAUUGCCAAGUGAUAAAAUUUAAUAAAUGCACCGGUGUUCUCAUCUGAAAAGACAGAUUGUUUAUACCUGCCAAGGCAAAAAAUGCUUUCGAGGAGAACUUUCUAAGAGAAACAGUGUGGUAUUCAUGUUAACAUCUAAAGCAAAGGUCAAGUCCGUAAAAAGUAUUUUAGUGAAUGCAUAAAGUAUAACUAGUCAAAUAAAUUUUUAAAUGAAGUUGGCAUAUUAUUAUCUUAAAGUGUAUAUAUUUAUAUAUGAGAGCUUUGAGAGGAGAGGGAGGAAAGGGAAGACUAUACUACUGUAAAUUGUGCUUUUGCAUACAGUUUUAUAGCUGUGCUGUUGGUUGUGCAUAUUUUCCUCAUUUUGUCAUAAACAAUUGAAAAAGCUAGCUAGUAUCUGUCUUGAAAAUUGAUGUACCAUUUCCAAAUUUUUUGAAUAUAUUUGAUGUAGCUUUUCAAGAACAAGCAUUUAAUGUGUCAGUUUAUAUGUAUGGUAUGUUUGCCAACAAGAGUUAAAAGAAAUAUUUAAAUUCAUCAUGAGUGCAAGCUUCUUUAUGCAUCUGCAUGACUUCGAGAUUCCAAAUCAUUUAAAUGAAUGGACAGGAUUCAAGCCUGUGUGGGGAAAUGGAUUUCAAAUCCAUUGCCUUAAUCAUUUGGCCACAAAUAAUCUCUUCUAUAAAUUAUUAUUAAUUAAAGCUUUAUGUAACUAUUUGCAUUAUAUGAAAAUCAUGUAGCAGUAACCAAUUUUAAAGUGAAGCAGUUUAAGAGAGAUUUAUAGUAAGUACAGUUUCAAAUUAUUUUGAUUAUUCAACCUGAUUUAAUUUCUGGAAAAAUAAAGUGUAAAAUUGAGUGUAAGAGGUCUAUUGUAAUGUUUGGAAAAAAAUAGUAUAUGUGUGAAGAAAGUUAUAAUUAAAAACUGAAAAUAAUUUAAUUUAUAAAAUUAAAUAUGCCGCUCAGAUCGUAUAGUCGUUAGAGGAGCCUGCGACACCGAAGUGUACGAGUUCGAGUCCUGGAGUAAAAUUGUCUGUCCCUUCAUAGGAGAUAAUAUUGGUGGCCUAUUUAGGUGCCUCCACAAUAAAAUUGCCACCACUUCUGGCCUUAAUAGUGGCCAAGAUCGUUAUAGGCAAGCACAACCAUUGGCGGAGGGAAAAAUAUAAUCAAUUAUUCUUGAUUAAAUGAAAUUAUCCUGUUAUCGCAGGCAUUAACCUUUUUUCAUUGCAUCAUACAGUAAUUAAGAAGCUCCAAUUAAGCAUUUCUGUCCUUCUAGCCUACUUUAGAAUAAAUUGUAACUGCAAUUAUUAAUAAAGAACCUAAUUAGCUAUGAAAUAAUCUAUAUUCCCCCUGUACUUACUCAGGUUUUUGAUAAAAAUUUUAAUGUGUUUACAGAAAAUUUUGUAAAACACUAAUCAAUUCAUAGAGUAAUCAGCUCAAGUGUGUUUCACUAAUUGAAAUGCGCAAUAAAAACAACUAAAAAGAAUGUAUAAAGUCUAGAAAUAUAUCGCAUCUUAAGCAAAAAAGUAAUUACGAGUAAAAACCUAAAGAGCCAAAAAAAUUUUCCGUAUAUUUUUUCUUGAAUUACAAUACACCUUUCAUACUCAAUUUUAUUGUUUUAUUUGACUUUCACACACUGUGUUACAUUUUAUUUUUCCAGAAAUUAUUCAGGGUUGAAUAAUCAAAAUAAUUUGAUAAUUGGGGGAAUGUAAUUUUUUAAUUCUUGCACAUGUGGAUGAUACGAAAAGACAAACAGAUGAGAACAGGUGAGUUAUUUACAAUAAUUCCUUCUAAUAUACAGUGCAUAUUUUAGUUUAUGUUAUCAUAGCAAAGCUGUCUCUAAUUAUACUCCUGCUGUGUGAUUUGAUUCAGUCUGCAUAGCUUAUUUGUGCUACAUGUAAAUAAUAUCACUUCAAGGAGUUGAAAGAGAAGUAUUAGCUUUUUCUAGUAGCUUAGAAGAAAUAUUUGUUUAUCUUUCAUUACCUGUUUUCUUUAUGCUUAAUAUCUUGUAAUUUUAUACAUCUAAAUAUAGUAAACAUGUGAAUAUGUUGAUGAUUAUAUCAUAAAAAAUAUGUGCCAUAGCACUGUAAUGUGAAUCCUUCUUCGGUGGCAUUCCCUGAUGUGUGAAACUGUAAAUAUGUAGUUUCUGUUACUUUAAAAAAUUUAUUCUGAAAAUAGUUAAUUAAAAAUUAUAAAAUGUGUAGUGGAAGUAUUGUUGAGCUAUAACUAACUGUGAAUAAAUAUAUGUAAUAUGUGUGAUAUUUUAACAUAAUGUGUAAAAAAUUAUAUAUUUUAACAACUUUCAAAUAGUACUUCAAAUAUUGUAAUAAGUCUACCAAGGGGAAAAAAUUAAUUAUUCAGAUAUUAUUUUCAUUAAGCAUUGUAAAUAUUUGUCAUAUCAUUCAGUGUGUGGAAUUUACCUGUGAAUGGCUUAGCUUAAUUUAUAUUUUAAAUUUGUUGCUGUACAAAAUAUUAAAAGUUGUAUUCAUUAUAUUUAAGCAUUAUGUGGGCAGUGGAAAACAAAAGACCAUAAACUUGAAAUCAUUUUAUUUUUCUUGGCAGAAACUAUUCAUUGUAUUUUAUUGUAAAUAUCUUUUUUUUUUUUUUUUUUUUUUUGUACAGUCAUUGAUAAAAGAUGUGAACUAUUUGAUGUUUCAUUUGGUUUGAUUUUGUAGUUGGAUUGAAUUCUUUUGUUAUGCGUAAUUUAUCCAAGAGGAUACCUAACCUUAGUUAAGUCAUUUUAAAAUACUGAGGUAGUGUAGAGUAGUUAUUUGAAAUUAUGAUUUUUUUUUUUUUUCCAUGGCUUAUAUGUUGGAUGUUAAGGGGGACUUGAUCUUUAAAUACUGCCAUGAAGUAAUUGCUGUGAUGUAAAUCAGUGUUAUGAAGUGUUUUUGAUGUAUUUAAUUCAUUUUGACUGUGAAUAGAAUGUUUGCAAAUACAGUAUUUUGUAAGUAUUGUCUUCUAAAAUAAUUAAAAAUGUUAAAAUCAUCAA